CCGAGGAGUUUGAAGAAUUCAAGUGGUUUUUGCAGCACCUCGAAGGCUUCCCAGUGAUCCCAAAGUGUCAACUGGAGAAUGCGGACCGGAAGGGCACAGUGGAUCAGAUGGUCCAGAAAUACAGCAUAAACACUGUAAAAGUGAUCCGGACAGUUUUAAAGGAGAUGUAUAAGAAUGAUCUGGUGGAGAAUUUAUCAAAAAACGUGUCAGAACCUGAAGAGAUUCUUACUAAGUGCCAACAAAAACUCAAAUCCAACUUUCAAAAGAAGUAUCGGUAUUUUUGUGAACAAAUCACAAAAGCUGGAAAUUCAAAACUUCUGAAUCAGAUCUACACAGAGAUCUACAUCAUACCGGGGGAGACUGGAGAUGUCAACAGGGAACAUGAGUUCAGACAGAUCGAAACGGCAUCCAGGAAACCAGACAGACCGGAAACACCCAUCACAUACGUAGACAUCUUCAAAGCCUCACCUGGGAACGACAAACCAAUCAGAACGGUGAUGACAAAGGGAGUGGCUGGCAUUGGGAAAACAGUCCUAACACAGAAGUUCACUCUGGACUGGGCUGAAGACAAAGCCAACCAGGAAAUACAGUUCACAUUUCCAUUCACCUUCAGAGAGCUGAAUGUGCUGAAAGAGAAAAAGUACAGCUUGGUGGAACUUGUUCAUCACUUCUUCUCUGAAACCAAAGAAGCAGGAAUCUGCAGGUUUGAGUUCCCGGUUGUGUUCAUCUUUGACGGUCUGGAUGAGUGUCGACUUCCUCUGGACUUCCACAAGAAUGAGAUCCUGACUGAUGUUACAGAGUCCACCUCAGUGGAUGUGCUGCUGACAAACCUCAUCAGGGGGAAACUGCUUCCCUCUGCUCGCCUCUGGAUAACCACACGACAUGCAGCAGCCAAUCAGAUCCCUCCUGAGUGUGUUGGCAUGGUGACAGAGGUCAGAGGGUUCACUGAUCCACAGAAGGAGGAGUACUUCAGGAAGAGAUUCAGCGAUGAGGAGCAGGCCAGCAGGAUCAUCUCCCACAUCAAGGCCUCACGGACCCUCCACAUCAUGUGCCACAUCCCACUCUUCUGCUGGAUCACUGCUACAGUCCUGAAGGAUGUGAUGAAGCCCAGAGAGGGAGGAGAGCUGCCCAAGACCCUGACGGAGAUGUACAUCCACUUCCUGGUGGUUCAGUCCAAACUGAAGAACGUCAAAUAUGAAGGAAAAUAUGAGAGGGAUGGACACUGGAUACCAGAGAGCAUUGAGAUGAUUAUGUCUCUGGGAAAACUGGCUUUUGAUCAGCUGCAGAAAGAGAACCUGAUCUUCUAUGAAUCCGACGUGACAGAGUGUGGCAUCGAUAUCAGAGCAGCCUCGGUCUGCUCAGGAGUGUUCACACAGAUCUUUAGAGAGGAGAGUGGACUGUACCAGGACAACGUGUUCUGCUUCGUCCAUCUGAGUGUUCAGGAGUUUCUGGCUGCUCUUCAUGUCCAUCUGACCUUCAUCAACUCCGGUGUCAAUCUGAUGGCAGACACAUUGUCGACCUCCCGGUUGACCUCCUGGUUAACCUCCUGGUUGAUAUCCUGGUUGUUUCAAGUCUUCAGAGGCAAACCUAAACUAACCCAUCUCUACCAGAGUGCUGUGGACAAGGCCUUACAGAGUCCAAAUGGACACCUGGACUUUCUCCUCCGCUUCCUCCUGGGUCUUUCACUGAAGACCAAUCAGAGUCUCCUACAAGGUCUGCUGAAAGAGACAGAAAGUAGCUCAGAAACCAACCAGUACAUCAAGAAGAAGAUCAGUGAGAAUGUGUUUCCAGAGAAAAGCAUCAAUCUGUUCCACUGUCUGAAUGAACUGAAUGAUGGUUCUCUAGUGGAGGAGAUCCAACAGUCCUUGAGAUCAGGACGUCUCUCCACAGAUGAACUGUCUCCUGCUCAGUGGUCAGCUCUGGUCUUCAUCUUACUGACAUCAGAAAAAGAUCUGGACGUGUUUGACUUGAAGAAAUACUCAGCUUCAGAGGAGGCUCUUCUGAAGCUGCUGCCAGUGGUCAAAGCCUCCAACAAAGCUCUACUAACUGACUGUAAGCUGUCACAAAGAAGCUGUGAAGAUCUGUCCUCCAUCCUCAGCUCCCAGUCCUCUAGACUGAGAGAGCUGGACCUGAGUAACAACGACCUGCAGGAUUCAGGACUGAAGCCGCUCUCUGCUGGACUGGGGAGUCCACAAUGUAAUCUGGAAACUCUCAGACUGAGUAGCUGUAACCUCUCAGAGAGAAGCUGUGGAUAUCUGUCCUCAGUCCUCAGCUCCCAGUCCUCUAGACUGAGAGAGCUGGACCUGAGUAACAACAACCUGCAGGAUUCAGGAGUGAAGCUGCUCUCUGCUGGACUGGAGAGGCAACACUGUAGACUGGAAACCCUCAGACUCUCAGGUUGUCUGAUCAAAAAAGAAGGCUGUUCUUCCUUGGCCUCUGCUCUGACCUCCAACCCCUCCCAUUUGAGAGAGCUGGACCUGAGUAACAACCGACUGGAAGAUUUAGGAGUUUUGUGGCUCUCUGCUGGACUGAGGACAUGUAGUACACUGGAAACUCUCAGACUGAGAGGCUGUAACCUCUCAGAGAGAAGCUGUGGAUAUCUGUCCUCAGUCCUCAGCUGUCAGUCCUCCAGUCUUAUCGAGCUGGAUCUGAGUAACAACGACCUGCAGGAUUCAGGAGUGAAGCUGCUCUUUGCUGGACUGGACAGUCCACACUUUAAACUGGAAACUCUCAGACUGGAGAGCUGCAACAUGUCAUGGAGAGGCUGUGAAGCUCUGUCCUCAGUCCUCAGCUCCCAGUCCUCUAGACUGAGAGAGCUGGACCUGAGUAACAACGACCUGCAGGAUUCAGGAGUGAAGCUGCUCUCUGCUGGACUGGAGAGGGAAAACUGGAAACUGGAAACACUCAGACUGGAGAGCUGCAACAUGUCAUGGGGAGGCUGUGAAGCUCUGUCCUCAGUCCUCAGCUCCCAGUCCUCUAGACUGAGAGAGCUGGACCUGAGUGACAACGACCUGCAGGAUUCAGGAGUGAAGCUGCUCUCUGCUGUACUGGAGAGGCAACACUGUACAUUGGAAACCCUCAGACUCUCAGGUUCUCUGAUCACAAAGGAAGGCUGUUCUUCUCUGGCCUCAGCUCUGAGAUCCAACACCUCCCAUCUGAGAGAGCUGGACCUGAGCUACAAUCAUCCAGGAGACUCUGGGAGGAAGCUGACACAAUGGAGGCUGGACAUUGUCCGGCUGGACCACGGUGGCGAACAGAGACUGAAACCUGGUCUGAAGAAGUAUUCCUGUGACCUCACACUCGACAGCAACACAGCAAACAGAAACCUCAAGCUGUCUGACGACAACGGGAAGGUGACACGGAUUAAAGAUCCUCAUGAUCAAGAGAGGUUCAUAGAACAGUUUCUGUGUAGAUAUGGUCUGACUGUUCGCUGUAACCAGGAGGUUCAGGGGGAAGAGGUACUUUUUAAAGACGUGCCUCACAAAGAAAUCGAAACGCGACGAAUAGGUUUAUAAAACUGGUUUGGAAGGUAUGAGUCCUGGAGUCUGUCCUGCAGUUCUAGUGAUUACAGUGUUUUGUACAAACACAUCCCUCUCCCCUCCACCUCCUCCUCUGUCUCUAAGAGAGUAGCAGUGUAUGUGGACUGUCCUGCUGGCACUCUGUCCUUCUACGGCGUAUCCUCUAGGACACUGAUAGUUUAAAGAUUUUUUUUUAAACUUUAAACUAGACCAAUUUGCACUAACUACAUUAAUUAUUUCAAAGUCUUGGCGCCUUAUUUAAUAAUGUCCGUUAUGACUCCCUGAAACCUUGUUGUUAUUUUGAUUCUGAAUUGACUUUUGAUGAUCAGGUGACCAAAGUGUUGCAGUCCUGCUUUGCUCAAUUGAGAAAGCUAAGCAUUAUCAGGUUAUUCCUUUCAUCUACAUCUUCCUUCCACACCUGCACACCGAGAGAGAGUCAUUCAUGCGUUUAUCUCCUCCAGACUGGACUACUGCAAUGACCUUUAUUCUGGUAUCAGCAGGCGAAACAUUCAAACACUGCAGUUUUAGAAGACCUGUGAGUUUUAGAAUUGAUUUUAAGAUUUGACUGCUCGUUUUGAAAGCCUUGAACGGCCUGGCCGUUUUUUAAACAGAUUUAAUUUGUUGCACAUGCACAAUCUUGCUCCAUAUUGUUUUACCUGUUUGAUUGUUGUUCUUAUUUGCUUUUAUGUUUUUUAUUGUGAAGGACUUUGUAACUUGGUCUUAAGAAGUGCGAGGCUGUGGCUCACGAGGUAGAGCUCUUGUCCCGCAACCACAAGGUUGGUAGUUUGAAACUUGGUCUCUACAGUCAACAUGUCGAGGUGGCCUUGAGCGAGACUCUUAACCCCAAGUUGCUCCUCAGAGAUGGAUCAAAUGCAGAAGUGAAAUUUCAUGUAUCUAUGUAUGUACAUGACCAA